AUGCGUCUCACGUUGGUUCUGCUUCUUGGCCUCCUCGGCUGCCUGCUCCUCUCCCAGCGGGUAGGCUGCGAGGGAACGGACACCUCCACCGAGUCGUCGACGGACAGCACCACAGUCGGGGCGACGGAGAGUGCGGCGAGCAGCACUGCUGGUCCCGCCACUGGCGCCUCCACUGGUUCGACGACUGCCAGCCCCUCCAGCGCAUCGGAGACCACAGAGGCGUCGGCGACCACAGAGGCGUCGGACUCGAGCUCGGUGACAACCUCCGCCUCCGCCAGCGCGGCUGCCAGGCGGCGCAGGAUCCAGGCACGUCGGCGACGAGCGCGCUUGGCCCGCCAGCGCCGCAGGAGGCAGGCCCAGAAGCGCCGCCAGCAGCAGCGAAGGAGGCAGCAGCGCCGCAACCGUCGGGGAUAG